AUGGGCGCGGCGAGCUCGAGGCUGGAGAAGGCGCUGGGCGAGCAGUUCCCCGAGGGCGAGCGGUACUUCGGCCUCGAGAACUUCGGCAACACCUGCUACUGCAACAGCGUCCUCCAGGCACUUUACUUCUGUGUUCCUUUCCGCGAGCAAUUACUGGAGUACUAUGCAAACAAUAAAAGCGCCAGCGAUGGCGAAGAGAACAUGUUAACCUGCUUAGCUGACCUUUUCUCUCAGAUCAGCAAUCAGAAGAAGAAAACUGGUGUUAUUGCUCCUAAGCGUUUUAUACAACGACUGAAGAAACAGAAUGAGCUUUUCCGCAGCUAUAUGCAUCAGGAUGCUCAUGAAUUCCUGAAUUUUUUGUUGAAUGAGCUAGUUGACAUUCUCGAGAAAGAAUGUAAAGCUAAUAAAGAACCUUCUCAAAAUUCAUCUUCGAAUAAGACUUCUAAUGGCCCUAGUAAUGGUCAGCCCAAUGGUAGUCAUAAAGAACCGGAUACUACAUGGGUCCACAAAUGCUUCCAGGGAAUAUUGACUAAUCAAACAAAAUGUCUGAGAUGUGAAACCGUCACUGAUAGAGAUGAAACAUUUCUUGACUUGAGCCUGGAUAUAGAACAAAAUAGUUCAAUCACCAGCUGCCUUAAAAACUUCAGCUCAACAGAAACUUUGAACGCCGAGGAUAAGUUCUUCUGUGACAAAUGCUGCAGGUAUGUUAUUCCAUUUCUCUUGAUUGCAUGUUGUUUCCUCAUGUAA